UGCAAAUCCACCCAAAAAAGCAGCCAAGGUUCCAGCAAUGGCACCUGAACGAGUAACCUACCCUUACCCAAUCAAAACAGUAGUAGUUUUAGUUCAGGAGAACCGCUCCUUCGAUCACAUGCUGGGAUGGAUGAAAUCCCUCAACUCAGAAAUCGAUGGUGUCACAGGGAACGAGUCCAACCCAUUAUCCACCACAGAUCCCAACUCCAAAAGAAUCAACUUCUCCAACCAAUCCCAGUACGUCGACCCCGAUCCGGACCACUCCUUUCAGUCCAUCUACGAGCAAGUCUUCGGCGUCGCGUGGUCGGAGGAAAAUUCCGGCCAAAAACUGGAGCCUACGAUGGAGGGUUUUGCUAUGAAUGCUGAGGAGACACAGAAGGGAAUGUCGGAGACUGUGAUGAAUGGGUUCAAACCCGAUUCCGUACCGGUUUAUAAGGAGCUGGUUUCUGAGUUUGCCGUCUGUGACCGGUGGUUUGCGUCUAACCCGGCGUCGACUCAACCGAAUCGGUUGUUCGUACACUCGGGGACGUCGCAUGGUUUGACAAGCAAUAAUAACCAGAUUCUGAUCCAAGGGCUGCCACAGAAGACAAUAUUUGAUUCAUUGGAUGAGGCUGGGUUCUCUUUUGGGAUUUAUUAUCAGUUCCCACCUGCAACUCUCUUCUACAGGAACCUUAGAAAAUUGAAAUACAUAGGAAAGUUCCAUCCAUAUGAUUUGGAAUUCAAGAUUCACUGCAAGUUGGGGACAUUGCCAAACUAUGUUGUGGUUGAACAAAGAUACUUUGAUUCGAAGUUAAUUCCAGGGAAUGAUGACCACCCCUCCCAUGAUGUUUCAGAAGGUCAAAAGUUGAUCAAGGAAGUUUACGAGGCACUGAGAUCCAGUCCCCAGUGGAAUGAAAUCUUGUUCAUAAUCGCAUAUGAUGAGCAUGGUGGGUUCUAUGAUCAUGUCCCUACUCCUACAACUGGAGUCCCAAGCCCAGAUGGUAUUGUUGGUUCUACACCAUACAACUUCCAAUUUGAUCGUCUAGGUGUUCGAGUCCCAGCAAUCUUCAUUUCUCCAUGGAUUGAUGCAGGAACUGUGAUCCAUGAGCCUUCAGGGCCUUAUACAACAUCACAAUUUGAGCAUUCCUCCAUUCCUGCAACGGUGAAGAAGAUCUUUAAUCUCAAGGAUUUCUUAACAAAGCGUGAUGAGUGGGCUGGAACUUUUGAGACUCUACUGACAAGGACUACUCCAAGAACAGACUGUCCAGUAACACUACCAGAACCAGUGAAAAUGAGGGAAGCUGGAGCAAAUGAAGAUAAGAAGCUAAAUGAUUUUCAGCAGAUAUUGGUGCAAAUGACUGCUACAUUGAAUGGUGACCAUAGAAAGGACAUUUUUCCACACAAGCUAGUAGAGAAUAUGACAGUAGGAGAAGCUAUUAAGUAUUGUGAGGAUGGCUUCAAGACAUUCUUAGGAGCAUGUGAGAAUGCCAAAAAUAAUGGAGCCGAUGAAUCUGAGAUUGUUGUUUGUUCUACUAUUACAUCAUUAUCCCAUGAACAACCCUCCAAGACCUUUGUUAAGAAUAUGUUUAGCUGUUUCAGCUGCAUCAAUUAACAAUCUUGAUAUUCUUAGAUACAUCAUCCUCGAUCUACAUUAAGUUUGGGCCUAGACUGAUAAUUGAAAGUAAAUUUUUUUUUUUUUUUAAAUCCCAUUUUAAAAGGGGUUUAAAUAUCCGAUAUUGUUUUCUUUGGUUUAAUGUUUAAUUUGUGAAUUAUAUGAAUGUAUUUUCUCAAAGUGUGAUGUUAUUAAUAUAUGAAUCAUGAGUUGUAUUAAUGUA